UUUGGCCAUUAAGCCCUUGUUUGCUAAAAUUAGCCAAUACCAGUCCCUUGCCUCUCCUUUAUACAUAAUUUGGACCACAUUCAUGGGCUAAUUUGGAAGUAGGUGACCAGUUUAAGUAACCCGCCUCAACAUUUUCAUUUGAAUUCCAACAUUACCCUCCAAUUCAUUCUCCCACAAGCUUCUUUGGAAUUCGAAAUGACAAAUUCCCCGCGCCCCUCACAAGUUCUAUAAAAUCCUCCAAGUGCCCACCAAUACUCUGCAACAGAAAUCCAAUUCCCAAUCUGCCCUUUAGUUUUCAAUCACAAAACCCUAAAACUCUAUUCUAAUCUUCAAUAUGCCUUCAAUUCCAGAGGAGCCACUGCUCUCCCCGAACCCGGAUCGGUUUUGUAUGUUCCCGAUCCAGUACCAGGAAAUAUGGGAGAUGUACAAGAAGGCGGAGGCGUCCUUCUGGACGGCGGAGGAGGUCGACCUCUCCCAGGACAUGCGUCAAUGGGAAUCCCUAACUAAUGACGAGAGGCAUUUUAUCAAGCACGUGCUCGCCUUCUUCGCAGCCUCUGAUGGGAUAGUGCUUGAGAACCUCGCCGUCAGGUUCAUGAAGGAAGUACAGGUUGCGGAGGCCCGGGCCUUCUACGGCUUUCAGAUCGCGAUCGAGAAUAUCCACUCUGAGAUGUAUAGUCUACUCCUCGAGACAUACAUCAAGGACUCGCACGAGAAGAAUCGCCUCUUCCACGCCGUGGACACCAUCCCUUGCGUGGCCAAGAAGGCCGAGUGGGCCUUGAAAUGGAUCGACGGUUCAGAGUCCUUCGCCGAGAGAUUGAUCGCUUUCGCUUGCGUGGAAGGUAUAUUCUUCUCUGGAAGCUUUUGCGCGAUAUUUUGGUUAAAGAAGCGCGGAUUGAUGCCGGGAUUGACCUUCUCGAACGAAUUGAUCUCGCGAGACGAGGGUUUGCACUGUGAUUUCGCGUGCUUGUUGUACCGCUUGAUGAGGACGAAACUGAGCGAGGAGCGCGUCAAGGGAUUAAUCAGGGAUGCGGUCGAUAUAGAGAGAGAGUUUGUGUGCGACGCGCUUCCUUGCGCGUUGGUAGGGAUGAAUGGUGCCUUAAUGAGUCAAUACAUCGAAUUUGUGGCUGAUAGGUUGUUGGGUGCGCUCGGGUACGGGAAGAUCUACAAUGUUGCAAACCCUUUUGAUUGGAUGGAGCUGAUCUCCCUACAAGGGAAGACCAAUUUUUUCGAGAAGAGAGUCGGGGAAUAUCAGAAGGCCCAGGUUAUGUCGAGCUUGAAUGGCAAUGGUGACACCCAUGAGUUCAAGAUGGAUGAAGAUUUCUAGGUUUUGUUGUUGAUGUAACAUUUUCAGGGUUUUCCCCCUGUGCCUUUACCUUUUUUUUAUAUAUAUUUUUUAUUUCUGUGUUGUUUAUUAGUUUAAUUUGUUUGUUUGAUUUCUCUUCGGGAGAAAUAAUAGAAAAAAAAUAUUAUAAAUCUCUUUUAGUUC